CUGUUUUCUCUCUCUAGAAAUAUUCCUUCGCUCUCUAAAACACUCACACACACCAAGUUCGCAGUUACAUCUACUUCUAGAGAGAGAGAGAGAAUCCUCCGCGCCACACAAAAACUCCCUCACAGAAAUCUCCGUCGUCGUGAAUGGCGUCGGAUUCCGUCAAGUACAUGCCCGUCCACGGCGGCGGAGGAGCAACCACCGCCUCCUCCGCCGACAUAAAGAGCCUCCUCGCUGCCGUCAAACCCAGAAAGGCCUCAGCUUUCGCCUACGUCUCCGUCCUCGCCUUUGUCGCCUUCACCGUUUUCUUAGCUUUCAGCCCGUCUCGGAACACUUCUUCUCCAUGGUUCGCUAACAUCUUCUCCUCCGGCGACCCACACGGCGGAGAUGGCGGUGGUUCUUCCGCCGCCGGCAGAUACAGAUCUCAAUUCUCCUCGAUUUUCUCUUACGCGUUCCCUAAUGCUACUUGGUCGCAGCCAAGUAAUCGAUCCAGUGGUGCGAUUUCUUCAAGACCCGGAUCGAAUUUCUCAGACCCUAUUGCUAAAAACGGCAAUUUCUCGUCUACCACCUCUAGUUUCGCCGGCUCUGUUCCUAAGAACGAGACAUUGCAAUCACCCGACACAGACAACCUUGGCCCAGUUGCUAAAAAUUCAACCUUUGGAUCCCUGGCCACAAACCAGACAAACCCAGUUGCUAAAAACAGCACCGAUAAAUCGCUGAACGGAUCGAGUAAUCAUUCAUGGAGUGAUCAAACAAGGGAAACACCGUCCAAUCCGAAGAACGGGACGGUUAUUGCUCCGAAUUCGGGCAAAGAACAAGCUUCCAAGACAAACCAGACAGCAGUUCCGCCGCCGAAAUCAGCCGUGACGGCUGCUCCGCCGGAGAAACAGAGCAAUAAGAGCAGUGAUUCGGGCUCGUUGGUGAAAGAAGAGAUCGUUAGAUGGAAGGAUUCUCUGAAGAAUUGCGAUUUCUUUGAUGGAGAGUGGGUAAAAGACGAGUCUUAUCCACUCUACAAACCCGGUUCAUGUAAUUUGAUCGACGAACAGUUCAAUUGCAUCCUCAACGGAAGACCCGACAAGGAUUUUCAGAAACUGAGGUGGAAGCCUAAGAAAUGUGAUUUGCCAAGGUUAAAUGGAUCUCAUUUGCUAGAGAUGAUCAGAGGGAGAAGGCUCGUGUUCGUCGGCGAUUCGUUGAAUCGGAACAUGUGGGAAUCUCUGGUUUGCAUCCUUAGAGGAUCAGUGAAAGAUCAGAGCAAUGUCUUUGAGGCCAAUGGAAGGCAUCAUUUCCGGGGAGAAGCCGACUACUCAUUCGUGUUCAGAGACUACAACUGCACGGUCGAGUUCUAUGUUUCGCCAUUCUUGGUCCAAGAAUGGGAGGUCGUGGACAAGAACGGGACGAAGAAGGAGACUCUACGGCUGGAUUUGGUCGGGAGAUCUUCCGACCAAUACAAAGGAGCGGAUAUCAUCGUCUUUAACACCGGACACUGGUGGACUCACGAGAAAACGUCAAAAGGGGAGGACUAUUAUCAAGAGGGCAGUCAUGUUUACGACGAACUCAACGUCUUGGAAGCUUUCCGGAAAGCCUUAACGACAUGGUCCCGAUGGGUCGAUAAGAACGUGAAUCCGAACAAGUCGCUCGUCUUCUUCCGCGGUUACUCUGCAUCACAUUUCAGCGGCGGACAAUGGAAUUCGGGAGGGGCGUGCGAUAGCGAGACGGAACCGAUCAAGAACCAGACGUACUUAACGCCAUACCCGCCGAAAAUGCAGGUCCUCGAGAGAGUUCUGAAGGGUAUGAAAACGUCGGUAACGUAUCUGAACAUCACGAGAAUGUCGGAUUAUAGGAAGGACGGUCACCCGUCGAUCUACCGGAAGCAAAAACUGUCGGAAGAAGAGCGGAGAUCGCCGUUGAGGUACCAAGACUGCAGCCACUGGUGCCUCCCGGGAGUCCCCGACUCGUGGAACGAGAUCCUCUACGCCGAAUUGCUCGUAAAACUCGACAAACUCGAAAAUACACGAAGAAAACCUUGAAGGGUAUGAAUUUUUUGGGGCUUGUAUCAAUCCACAUUUUUGUUCUUGAUUGGAUACGGAGCUAUCACAGCAAUUCUCCAAAAACACAGAUCGUGGUCAAUCGCAAACGCAAAAUUAUCGCGUUUGCGGACGUGGAACGGCUGUGAUCAUAUUAUUAUUAUUAUAUUAUAUUAUAUAGAGGAAAAAGAAAGAAAUAGAGAUUUACAGAUUCCCGA